UAUGUUAUUAAAUAUUUUUAGUUUAUCUGGCAACUCUGAUAAAAACAUAAAUCCAAAAAACGUGCAUUAUUUUGAAAGCAAAACAACAAACGAAAAAUGGAUGAACACGAUAUAUUUAAGUUGAUAACUGCAGGUGUACGCUUCACCAAGAAGCCCAAGAAAGUGCCUCAAAAGUUACCACCGGUUGCCCAGAUUCCCCAACAACAAAAGCAGGAGAAAAUUGAAGAUAAGACGGAAGACGAUGCAGAAGACACCUCAGAAUUUCGAUUACUAAAUGGAGAAGCCGCUGCCCCAAAACGCAAGAAGCCAAAGAAAGAAAAGGCACCUUCAGCGGACGAACUGGCUGCAAAUGAGGCGGCUGAAUUCAGGAAACAAAAUAACAUCACUGUACUGGGAAAGAACGUGCCAGCUCCUCUGACUAGUUUCGAGGACCUAACCAAGGACUACAAGCUACUUCCACGCCUUCAGCAGAAUGUGCUUUCCCGCGGGUUUGCCCAGCCCACGCCUAUUCAGAUGCAGGCCCUCCCAGUUCUUCUCCAGCGUCGCGCUCUAAUGGCCUGUGCGCCAACUGGAUCCGGAAAGACGCUGGCCUUCCUGACGCCACUCAUCAACGGGUUAAGAGCACACAAAACCACUGGGUUAAGAGCUCUGGUGCUAGCGCCCACACGCGAAUUGGCCCAACAAAUAUAUCGCGAGUGCGCGGAACUCACCCGGGAGACUGGGCUUCGAACGCACUUCAUCAGCAAGGUCAGCGAAGCAAAGCAAAAACAUGGCACCGAAUGCAAACAGCGUUACGACAUCUUGGUUUCCACGCCGAAUCGAGUGAGAUUUCUACUUCAACAGCAGCCACCCCUAUUGGAUUUGUCGCAAGUGGAAUGGUUCGUCCUGGACGAGGCUGAUAGAUUGAUGGAGGAGGGACAAAAUAACUUCAAGGAGCAGUUGGACGACAUUUAUGCCGCCUGCUCGAAUCCAGGAAAGUGCGUGGCCUUCUUCAGUGCCACCUACACAGUUCCCGUGGCCAAAUGGGCCCUACGCCACCUCAAGAACCUGGUACGAGUAACCAUCGGCAUACAGAAUACCGCCACGGAUUCAGUGCAGCAAGAAUUGUUGUUCGUGGGUUCAGAGAGCGGGAAGUUGGUGGCCGUGCGUGAUCUAGUGCGCCAGGGACUUCAGCCGCCGGUGCUAGUCUUCGUGCAGAGCAAGGACCGAGCGAAACAGUUGUUCGAGGAACUUCUCUAUGAUGGCAUCAAUGUGGACGUGAUUCAUGCUGAACGCAGCCAGCAUCAGCGAGACAACUGCGUGCGAGCCUUCCGCGAGGGCAGUAUCUGGGUGCUUAUCUGCACAGAGCUUAUGGGCAGAGGUAUCGACUUUAAGGGCGUCAAUUUGGUGAUUAAUUACGACUUCCCGCCAACGACUAUAUCGUACAUCCAUCGUAUUGGACGAACCGGACGCGCCGGACGUCCUGGUCGAGCCAUAACGUUCUUUACUCAGGACGACACCGCCAAUCUUAGAAGCAUUGCCCAGAUUAUCAAAAAUUCUGGAGGUACUGUCCCCGAAUACAUGCUGCAGAUGAAAAAGGUUCGAAAGUCGGAGGCUAAGAUGCGGGCCAAAAAACCCCUAGAUCGCGAGGACAUAUCGACCAAGAUUCGUCCGGAAGGAAAGGAGGAGUCAAAGCAAAAGUCAGCCAAACAUAAAAAAAUUGAAAAAACAGAAAAAGUCCUGAAGAAAAGGAAUAUCAACGACACUGCCGUUGGAUCCAAGUUGAAAAAACUUGAGAAAGUUAAAGGUGAUCUUAAACCGCAAAGUAAAAGAAAGCCAAUGGGAAAAUUAAAGAAAACCAAGGCGAAACAGUAAAUUUGUUAAACUAAGACUAAAAUAGAAACUGGAAUAAAAAUAAUAAUUGUUAAAUUA